AUGUGGUUCCUCGAGCACGAGAUCCUCUUCGGAGGGAAGCGCGUCUGGUUGCGGCCCGGAUCGCAGCAGCUUUUCGGCCGUACAAAGAACAGUGAUAGGGACGGUUCGGUGGGCAAGCAUGUUUUCAUAGACAACAAAAAUGUGUCGCGCAAGCAUAUGAUGGUAAAGGUGGUCGAGGUACCGCCUGCAGAUGGGACCAAAGUGCACAAGAGAUCUCAGGUCGAGAUCACAGACCUGAGCUGCAGACAAGGCACGGUGGUCGAUGGGAAAACGACCUUAAAAAGCUCCAAACAAGCGGAUGGCACUAUCGCCGAGGACAAGACCACGCUCACGGGCGCCGAGCACACCAUCAGACUGUCGAAUUCGUACCCUCCGUUCACGCUCAAAUGGCACGAUGUCGUCUUCACAUAUGCCUCCAAAGAAAGGAAAGGCGCCUCUCAACCGCAAGCCAGUACGCGCAACGCUGAAUUACAUGCGUUGGACAUCAAGACGUCGUCAGAGUUCUUGUAUGGCAAGACUACUCAUGUGGUGUCGCAAAAGAGGAAUCUGCCGAAAGUUCUGCAAGCGUUGGUAUCCGGAAUGCCUGUAGUCACGGCCGACUAUUUGGAUGCCAUCCUGAGCGCUGCUGCGAACUCCAGCGACUUGGAAGGGAACUACGUGCCAUCACAACUAGAGGAAGAUUUCGAUACAUGGUGGCCCCAGGAGAAAGAAUACAUUCCACCUGCUGGACAGGAGCCAAUUCCACGACCAGAUCAGAUGCUCGCCCCCGACCCGACUCGUUCUGAAGUGUUCUCCGGGUUGACGUUCGUCUUCUUGAAUGAAACACAACAUACAAGCUUGCACGAGGUUAUUGUUGGUGGUGGUGGAAAGACAUUGCUGUUCAACUUACGACCCGGGAAAACGACUGUGGACGAGUAUGUAAACUAUGUCAAAAGCGUUGCAGGCCAAACGAAGCGUGAUAGGGCCCCAAAGGACGGGCUUCCGGUGGUGACUAUUCGUCUGCCAACUUACCCAGAAGAAUUGGAAGAAUGGGCCACAAACUUCGUGACUGGUGUGGAUCAGUUCCUGAAGCAACGUUCCAUCCUGCAGAAUGAGUUUCUUGAUGCUAUUAUCACCAAAGACACGUCAUCCCUGCGUCGACCCCCAACCGACACAGAGAUCAGUUCCAGCAUUCCUGACUCUACAGCGGCAGAACAACGAAGUGUGCAGGAGACAACCCCGUUAUCGCCAUCUCGCGCUCAAGUACAAGAUUCCGUGUCCAACCCGUCUCCAGCAGCUGAGCCUGUGAAGACAAACCCUCGUAAACGACCUGUCCGUCGUGCGAUUGCCAGCCGUUUCACUACUUUCGAUGAUUAUGAACCGCCAGCCAAGAUACAGAAGACCGAGCACACGCAGGUACAGGAUACGUCUAGGGAAGAGGUUCAACCUGAUGUACCGCAAUCAGUACCCGACCAUGAGCCCGCAACGCAGUCGCAGAUUCCUCCACCAAGUCAGACGCAGCGCACUACUCGAUCUCAGCAACAGCACACCUUGGACUCGUCGACCCAGAAAGACCGAAUGUUCCCUGCCUCUGCUCAGUUCAGGAAGAAUCGUGAAGCCAAUCAAGCUCCUACUGCCGCUGGGACCGUUCAGCCGGACCCCCAAACUAAAGUUGUCCGGGAGACAACGGACCACAAGGUCGCGCGACUGCAAGCAAGACAGUUGGAACGGGCACAAAAAAUGGAGAAAGAGAUCUUGGUCAAAGAGAAAGAGUCCCGCAAACGAAUGGCUGAGGAGGAAGACAGACGCCGAGCUGAAGAAGAGAAGAUGAGAGCAGACCUAGAAGGUGUCGACAUAUCGAAACUCCAUAUAGACAUUGAGAUUGUGGACAUGAAGAUCCGUCCGCGUGAAGAUAGAACCCUUGCGCGGACCCAGCUCCAUGGCGAUAUGUCCAAUUCUGAGUGGGCUGGUAGGAAGAACUUCAAGAAAUUCAGACGACGUGGUACCGACCAGGAGGCAAGGGCACAAUCGCAGAGAGUGAUUGUCACACUAAAGCCGGUGCCACCAAGAAAAGGCUUCGGCGAUUCCAUGGUCAUGGAUGAGGUAGCGCCUGCCAGGACUGCCGAGGACGAGAGACUAUUCAAGCGGAGACUUAGAGGUCGUGUGCCAGACAGCGAUGACGAGAGACCGAUGGGAUUCCAGCGUAGGAGACGGGCUAAACCGACUGAAGUCAUUGACGUCGAAAACAGUGGGCCGGACGAGGAAGAAUCGCCGAGGCCUAGUGGGUCAACAUUCAGAAACAGUGGCCGUACGCAACGCGUGGUAGAGACUCAGCUCGAUGACACACAAACGCAAAGACAAACGAAGAAGCGUGCAGGAGGUCCCCUGACCAUUGCAGCUGGCCAGCCAUCAGCCAAAAAGAGCCGGACCGCGAACGAAGAUAGUGAUGAAGAGGAGGGUGGCUUCAGAUUUAGGAAGAGA